GCGUAAACAUGGCGGCCUACAUGUUAAUCCUUGAAUUGAUUUAGUUUCAUAAACUAUCUUUCUUUCUUCUUCCUGCUGUCAUUUCAAAACACUACAACAGCAUGUUUCAUUUUACACGUUGCAGUCGAUUGACACGCGGCACUGUCACGUCAGAUCGACUUUUGAACUCCCAAAAAACAAGCGAUUUCAUGAUCCACCACCUCAAUAGGCGUGGCCAGCAUACAGUAUCAUGGAGCAGUGCACAAACCCCAUCAACACAGAUCACUGUCAGCACUCCUGCUCGCAUAUGGAGACAAGUUCAAAAAGUGCCCCGUCUAGCAUCCAGACAGCAGCCCAGACCACCAAACAUCACUCUGAAAUUCAUAUUAGGACCUGCUGCUUUAAUAGUGACAGCACGCUUGCUUGGUACUGGAGCUCACUGUGAAGCAGAUGUGAACAAUAACGUCCCGCUGGAAGUUCAGGCAAAAGAGAAGAUUCCUGAAUUCAGCUGGGCCGUCCUGUGGGAGUUCGUUCGGCCCCAACUUUUUGCUCUUAUAGGAGCCAUUAUCCUUGCAUUUGGAGCAGCAGCCCUUAAUAUUCAGAUUCCUCUGAUGUUGGGGGAUCUGGUGAAUGUCGUCGCUCAAGAACAAGCAGGUCAUUACAUGAGAGACAUUAAAGCGCCUGCAAUGAAGCUGCUUGGACUGUAUGGUUUACAGGGUCUGUUGACCAGUGGCUACAUCAUUCUUCUGUCUAGAGUUGGAGAGAGAGUGGCAGCUGACAUGAGGACAACUCUCUUCACCUCUUUGCUUCGACAAGAUGUUGCAUUUUUUGAUGCAAACAAGACCGGGCAGCUGGUUAAUCGCCUGACAUCAGACAUCCAGGAGUUUAAAUCUUCCUUCAGACUGGUUAUUUCUCAGGGUUUGCGCAGUGCCACACAGACAGUGGGCUGUUUUGUGUCGCUGCACAUCAUCUCUCCCAAACUCACGGGUCUCACUGUGGUCGUCCUGCCAUGUCUUGUGGGGGCUGGUGCUCUCAUCGGCUCUUUUCUCCGUAAACUGUCACGGAAAGCACAGGAACAGGUUGCUAAAGCUACAGGAGUGGCCGAUGAGACUCUUGGUAACGUGAGGACAGUGAGAGCUUUUGCCAUGGAGGAUCGAGAACUAGAGAUGUAUGCCGCUGAAGUCCAGAAAUCAGCUGCGAUGAAUGAGACGCUUCUUCAGGGCGUGUCUAAUAUUGUCCUGAACUGCAUUGUCCUAGGCAAUAUUUUUGCUGGUGGGUCUUUGAUGGCCCGUAAUGACAUGUCGCCUGGUGAUCUAAUGUCUUUUUUGGUCGCCUCUCAAACGGUUCAGAGAUCUCUUGCCAGCAUUUCAAUUCUCUUUGGACAGAUGGUUCGCGGUAUGAGUGCAGGGGCUCGUGUGUUUGAGUAUUUGGCUCUGGAGCCCACUGUUCCUCUCACCGGAGGAGGUCGUAUCCCUCUCAAGUCUCUGACGGGAAGAGUUGACUUCAUGAACAUCAAUUUCAGUUACCCAACAAGACCUGGAAACCAGAUCCUUAGGAACUUCAACCUGACUCUACCUCCCUGUAGAACCGUCGCUAUCGUUGGCGUGUCAGGUGGAGGCAAAUCCACAGUGGCUGCCUUAUUGGAGCGGUUCUAUGACCCCAGCAGUGGAGAGGUCAUGCUGGACGGACUGGACAUCAGGACACUGGACCCAUCCUGGUUAAGAGGACACGUUAUUGGGUUCAUUAGUCAGGAACCUGUUCUGUUUGGUACCUCAGUGAUGGAGAACAUCAGGUUUGGAAAGCCCAGUGCCACAGACGCUGAGGUCAUGGCUGCGGCCAAACAAGCCAAUGCUCAUAAUUUCAUCACAGGAUUCCUGGAUGGAUACAACACCGUGGUUGGUGAACGUGGAGUGACUCUAUCUGGGGGCCAAAAGCAGCGAAUCGCUAUCGCCCGAGCCCUGAUCAAAAACCCCAGCAUCUUGAUCCUGGAUGAAGCCACCAGUGCGUUAGACGCCGAGUCUGAGCGCGUGGUUCAGGAGGCGUUGGACCGAGCCACAACGGGACGCACCGUUCUGAUUAUCGCUCACCGUCUCAGCACCAUACAGGGGGCCGAUCUCAUCUGCGUCAUGAGCAAUGGACGUAUUGUUGAGGCUGGAACACACCUGGAAUUACUGAGCAAAGGAGGGCUGUAUGCUGAACUCAUAAAGAGACAACGAUCCGAUGGUCACAAAUAAAAUACUGUACUUUCUGUGCAUACUUCAUCGAACACAGUUAUUUUAAAUGAUCUUUUUAAAGACAAUUUCAUUUGGUGCUCUGUCAAAGAAAAUGAGUUUUAGUGAAUAUUCUCUGUUUUGAGUUUUAUGUAUCACUAAAUAGAUAAAUGUCAGUGUUGUGUAAU